CUUGUAAACAAAGUCCAGCCGAAGAAGAGGAAAGUGACAGUCUUACGUAUAUUUCUUUUACCAAUAUAUUCCGGCAAAGAAAGACUAAGAUUAUAUGAUAUAAGAAGAAGGAAGAAGGCACAAGGCGAAAGCAUUCCUACCUAAAAAAGGAGAAAUUAUAGAUGUGAUGAUAGUAAGACAGUGAUUUAAGGAAGGAUGGAAGGCGAACUUCCAGAAACGCGAGAGGUUCUGAGUGAACAUCUAAAGGCGAAAGUUAGGUAUUUCAAUCAACCUCUUGCAGACCAGAUAACAGACCUGUUGGUGGCAGAAAGAUCAAACGGUGAGAUCAUAGAAUUACUGACGUCGGAUUCUUUAUUAGAGAAAAAAGUGGAGAAGGCUGUUACGUCAUUAUAUGUACCUGAUAAUGAAGUUAGAGAAACUCUUGGUGUAAUGUUAUUUCAAGAGGUUUCAGAGAUAGAACAGGAGUUGUGUGCACAGGUAACUGGCAUGCUACUCGAACUUCCUGUCUCAUCACUUACGCAGCUAUUAAAGAACCGGGAGGCACUGAAGGAAGCCGUGAUGAAAGCCAAAGGAGAGUAUCUGAAAUUCAUUACGGAAGAAGAAAACCAAAAAUCCGAAGAAGUGCCUCCAGGAACUAAGUCAAUUAGCAAGGAAAAGCAAGAGUUGGGGGAAAUUAUUUAUGAAAAAUUGCUGACCAGAUAUCCAACGGAAGCCUCUAAGGUAACGGGAAUGCUGCUGCAGAUGGAAUAUAGGGAUCUGUUGCGCGUUAUAGCCGAGCCCAAGCACCUCAAUGAAAAGGUGGAAUUAGCUCUUCGUGUUUUGCAAGGCGAAGGGAGGAGGAAAAAUUGAUACUUUGUAUUUUUGGGAAAUGGAGUGUGAAAUUAUAUGAAAGCUAAUUUUUGGGAAUGUGAUUUUUUGUUGUUCUGUAUAUACUAGCAUCUUAUAGAUAGGCAAAUAUUUAUGACAAAUAAUAUUGACAUUGGUAAUUAUUUUGUAUAAUCUGCUUUCAAGCAUUGUUUUUUUUUCUUUUUCUUUUUUUUGGCCAAUAAAUUUUAUAAUCUA